GCAUAUCUUUUUGUAUAUUUGAUACUUUAUCACAUGUUUUUUCACCAUUUUUUAUUGUAAUGAUUUUUUUAGUUUAUCAUAAAUUGUGAAAAUUUAUAUUUUAAAGUAAGAUGAAAAAUGUAUUUUAUAGUAAGACGAAACAUUAAAUCAAGUAGCUGUAGCUUUAGUGUUAAUAGUUUUAAUUUAUGUGUAACGGCAACUCUAUCGGUUGAACCCAAAUGUUAUUGACGAAUGCGGCAGGUAAAACACAAAAGACGCGAACUGCCACUUAAAGCAGAACAACCAAGAAAAUUUGAUGCAAACGUCAAAUGAGGUAAGGAAUUGAAAGAAUGCUGCGUAUUUUUCAGUCUAACGUGGUUUUCAAUUAAAAGUAAAAAAAUUGUAGUAAUUAAAAGUUAGAAACGCAUUAAAGUCGUUAAGUAAAUACAAAAUGCGCAAAAGUGAUGUGAUAUAAUGCGAUUCUAGCAAAAAUAGUGCUUUGUUAUUAGUCUUCAUCGACAAAUCAUAUUUCGCUGUGCAUUGAACAGUUACGGGAUAUCUUUGCUUUGUUGGGUCUGAGACAUAAAAAGCGGCUUCAAAGUUCUGAGCAUUAUAUACCGACAUACGAAAACUAUUGGACGCAGCUAUAUUUCGACAUAGUGCAGAAGUAUUAUAAGCAACUAGAAUUUAAAAGUUCAGCCAGAUAAUUUGGAAAAUAAUUGUCGCUGGCAAAGUCGGCCUUAAGUCGGUCAGGGUCAUUUAUAAUCGACCUCUUGACGGACUGUUAUUGAUAUUUACGAUAUAUCAAAGGAGUGUGUUGUUUUUGCAAUUUGAUAUAUAAAUGGAUAGUGUUCGCAAUUAUGGACGUCUUUCUACCUCCAUGGUUAGCAGCCGAAAAACAUCGAUGUCUGAUAAUCCACAAAUGCUACCGAUUCUGCAACAGUUGACAAAUGGCUCUUUUGGAAUUAUAGUGCCUGACAAGCACUGUCCACUUUGUUUCCAAGCUAAACGACAUCAAGAGCGAAUAGAGGGUAUAGAAUGCACAGCGGUUGCAUGGCGCAUACGAGAACGUAUGAAAACGGCAAGUGUGGUGUUAGUGCUGUGCCUUAACAUAGGCGUUGAUCCACCGGACGUUGUUAAAAUACAGCCUUGUGCACGCCUCGAAUGUUGGGUUGAUCCGUCUUCUGUUUCGGCACCGAAGGCAAUGGAGCAGAUAGGUAAUAAUCUUCAAAUGCAAUAUGAACGGUGGCAACCUCGUGCACGUUACAAGAAAUGUCAUGAUCCAACAUCAGAAGAUGUAAAGAAGUUGUGUACUUCACUACGCCGCAAUGCAAAAGGUGAACGCAUACUCUUCCAUUAUAAUGGUCAUGGCGUGCCAAAGCCGACGGCAAAUGGUGAGAUUUGGGUGUUCAACAAGACCUUCACACAAUACAUACCUUUGAGCAUAUUUGAGUUGCAAAGUUGGAUGGGCGCACCAUCAAUCUACGUAUACGAUUGUUCCAAUGCAGGUAUAAUAAUAAAUUCGUUCCAGCAAUUUGCGGAACAACAUGAGAGAGACUUGGAGAAAUCUUCAAUGCUACCGCCAUUUGUAAGCUAUAAAAAUUGCAUACAUUUGGCCGCCUGUUCCGUUAAUGAGAUAUUACCGAUGAAUGCCAACCUUCCAGCAGAUCUCUUUACUUCCUGCCUAACUACGCCCAUCAAUAUCGCGCUGAAAUGGUAUACAAUGCAGGAGAAAUUCGAACUAGUGCCACUCAUUCAAAGUGAGCAAGUCGAUAAAAUACCAGGAAAAGUAAAUGACCGACGUACAAUGAUGGGAGAGUUGAAUUGGAUAUUCACUGCAAUAACCGACACCAUUGCAUGGAACACUUUACCGCGUGAACUGUUUCAGCGAUUAUUCCGCCAAGACUUGUUGGUGGCCAGUCUUUUUCGCAACUUUUUACUAGCCGAACGAAUUUUACGUUCUCACGAUUGCACACCCGUAUCGCAUCCAGCAUUACCGCCCUGCUUCCGGCAUCACAUGUGGUCUGCUUGGGACUUAGUUGUCGAUUACGCUCUGCAGCAAUUGCCUGAAAUACUGGAGAAAGGUGCACCAUAUCGUCAAUUACCAUUUUUCGAACAACAACUAACGGCCUUCCAAGUUUGGCUCGAUCGUGAAUCCGAAUCAAGAUCCCCACCUGAGCAGUUACCCAUAGUUCUACAAGUGCUGCUGUCACAAGUACAUCGCCUACGUGCAUUAGAACUACUAGCACGCUUCCUCGAUCUGGGUCCAUGGGCUGUGAAUUUAGCGCUGGGUGUGGGCAUCUUCCCUUACGUACUUAAACUGCUACAAAGCUCCGCAAAAGAGUUGCGCCCCGUGCUUGUCUUUAUAUGGGCCAAAAUACUUGCGGUCGACCCGAAAUGCCAGGUGGAUUUGGUGAAAGAGCAUAAAUAUUUUCUGUCAGUACUGCAGGAUACAACAGUCUCCAAGGAGCACCGCACACUCUCCGCAUUUGUACUGGCUUGCAUAGUCAAUGACUUCCUGCUGGGGAAAACGAGUGCUUUGCAGGGUUCGUUGGUGUCCAUCUGCUUGGAGCAAUUGAACGACGAAAGCUGGCUGCUGCGUCAAUGGCUGGCCAUUUGCUUAGGUAUGCUUUGGCAGAAUUUCGAGAAGGCGCGCUGGUCUGGUGUGCGUGAUUUAGCGCACGAAAAACUGUAUCCUCUACUAAAGGAUCCCAUACCCGAAGUACGCGCGGCUGCUGUUUUUGCACUGGGCACUUUCAUUAGUUCCGUAACGGAUCGAGAAGAGCACGCAAAUAAUAUUGAUCGCAUAAUCGCCAUUACGCUCUUGGAUACGGUGGGUGAAGAUAUGUCGCCAUUGGUGCGCUCAGAGUUAGUGGCAGCUUUGCAGUGGAUGGUGCUGUUAUUUGAGUCACAGUUCGUCACUGUUUAUAUGCAAGAACAGAUGAGUGGUUCAAACCCCGCAUUGGCACUAACGACUUCCGUGAGUGGUAGUGAGCGCAGCGCCAGCAUAAGCCAUGGCAUAACGAGUACGCCCAGCCCAUCGAUUGUACACCAUUCGACUCACAGUUUGGAACGUGUUUCUAUGCGUCGAGGCGCCAGCUCUAGUUCCAUAUCGAACAUGGUCUCCAGUGCUAUACCAUUUCAGUCGAUAUUUUUGCGCCUGUGGCAAGGUAUUUACAAUCUCGGCCAUGAUCCAUUUCCGGAGGUUGCUAAAACUGCGCAGAAAAUCAUUGCUUACGUGCGGGACAAGUCGGUUGAUUUGAUUACCGCCAAAGAGGCUACCAGUGAUAAGUGCAAUUCAAGCGUCAGUUUGCCACCGAGUCCUUCUACGCGUGGCAACUUUUUAAGUGGCGAAUCGCCGCCAGUAGGCGCGGGUGGUGUUCAAGUGGGUCACCCAAAUAUCAGCAACUGGGCCAACAAGUUGCGCGGUUCAAAGUUAUCUGGCAGCGGAGACCAUCAGAGCAUUUUGCAAAGGAAAAUGCGCACCACAUCGAUGGGCGAUGAGACGGACAGUUGCUCACAGCUAAACGGCAGUCGCAGCACCGGUAUGUUGGGUGUUGGUAAUGUCGUCGGUGGCGUGGCCGGUUUGAAUAUCAAUGCUGUAGGCGGCGGUGGCAAUGGCGACGGUUCACGUUCCGCACACAGCAGCACCAGCGAAAACAACUACGAGCCGAAACUUUCGCUUAAACCAAUCCUGCAAACCGAGUUCAUAUCAUGGGCCAAUUCGUACUUCAUGCGACCUGGCAAGAAUCGCUAUGCCUCCGCCGAGGGUACGGAAGGACAGCAAGUAUUUCCCGCCGACACGAAUUCGCCUGAGCUACGUUCUCGCCACUUCCGUUUCCAUCGCAACGAGCUGAUACGGCGUCUAGCGAAAGAGCAACAUAUACGCGGAAGCCGCAUCGAUACCCAAAUAUGCAUGCUGAAGACACAGCACACGCCAGCCAUUGUUAAAUUACUGCCAUACGAACCGCAACUCGCCGUUGCCUAUAAGGAAAAGGUGCUGGUUUAUGAUUGGGUUCGCAAUGCGGUGCGCUCCUAUGUACCACAAGCGGGCAGCGCCUCGGCAACGCGCAAUCAUGUUGGUGAAUCCGGUGGCGCGUCGUCCUCGCCGUCAGCACAUAUGAAGCAUCAUCAACAACAAUAUCUGCAACAACAACAGCAAAGCUUAACUUCACGCGUUAGUGCCAUCGAGUUUUUGAAUGCACAAGACAUCAGCUUGAUACUGGCCGGUCAUGAGGACGGUGUGGUGCGCGUUUGGCAGCCCGGCACAGAUGAUCACCCAGAGUCGCGGAUAAUCACUGCCUUCGAGGGCAUACCUGCAAUGAACGCCGCCUAUACUAGUUCCUACGGUAGUGGCGGUAGCGGCAGUGGGUCUGGCUCGGGCUCGUCCUCGCUGAAGCAUCGUCGCGAUAUGAUGCGCACAGGCAUAGUCACGGCUUGGCAACAGAGUCGCCAGCACUUGGUGGUGGGUGGUGGCAUUUCGCGUUACCUACGCAUUUGGGACGUUGAACGUGAGCUGAAACACUGCGACAUACCGAUUGGCAGUGAGACGAGUGUGCAGGUGCUGGCACCAUUUUCAUACAAUCUGAACAGCAGCAUUGUGGUGGCGGGCUGUGCUGAUGGCAGUGUGCGUCUGUUCGACAAGCGUCAGUCGCCACAAGAGUCGCGCAUCUGCGUGUUUCGCGAGCACACCGGUGCCAUAUUAUCGGCUUGCAUGAAGGAGAACCAACCAAUGCUGGUCACCGGUUGUUCACAAGGACGCAUGCGUGUCUUCGAUUUGCGGCAAGCCGCUGCUGUGCAGAGCUGGGAGGCGAGCGUCGAUGUGGCCGUGAUUGCUAGUCAUCCGUCAGCUGACCUCUUGGCAUGCGGUAGUGCGCAAGGCAUUGCGAUACAUCAGGAGAACGGGCGUGCGAUCAACACUUUGCGCGGCAAUGAGGGCUUUAUGGGCACGAAAAUAGGCUAUCCGACCUGUUUGUCGUUCCACUCGCACAAGGCCGCCCUGGCGGUGGGUUGUGUCGACAACACAGUCGUCGUGUACGAACCUGCUGCAGUUUUAUAAACUUUGCAACAAAUGGAAAAUCGAUGUUGAUAAAAAUCCAAAGACAUUUGACAAUUCAGAACGUUUUCUGCAUGAACCCGAAAUAAUUGAUGCCGUUAACUAUAUACGUCAUCGCACACAAAUUCAAAAUAUCACAGCCGAAGACGCCAAGCUCAUUUAUACGAUAUGCGGUUUUGAGACAGCUUGGCAUCGUGGCCAAGAGCCCUCUGUGUGGUGUAGUCUAUUCAAUCAG